AUGGUCAACGACAAUAAGCCACUUGAUGACAAGGUCAUCAUAUCACGUCGUACGUUGAACACAUUCGGCGGUGUUUUCUGCUCAGUUACUUUAUCCCAGUUCAGUAGUGUUAUAUUUCUACGCUUAGGGUUUGUUGUUGCUCAUGCUGGUCUACUGGAGAGUAUAUUACAACUGUGUCUUUCGUAUCUAAUCUUGUUGCUGACGGUAUUUUCUAUAUGCGCAAUUAGUACAAAUGGAGCAGUUGAAGGAGGAGGUGUAUAUUUCAUGAUCAGUAGAACUCUUGGUCCAGAAUUCGGUGGGGCUAUUGGAUCCAUAUUUUUCUUGGCACAAGUUUGCAGUGCAGCAUUGUAUAUAUCUGGAUUAGUGGAGGCUGUAUUAAUUAAUUUCGGUCCUGGAGGAAUUUUAUUCGAUGGUGUCCUGCCUGGUGAAAAUCACUGGUGGAGUUACCUAUAUGCUAUAGUUGUACUUGUACUGUGUAUGUCUAUACUGCUGAUUGGGAGUCAAAUGUUCGCUCGAGCCUUAUCCUUCAUUCUUGCAGUUGUAGUUAUAGUUAUCAUAUGCGUAUUCGCCAGUUUCUUUCUUCAACCAAAAUUGAUACCAUUGCCAAGAUCUAAUACACUUAUUUAUAAUUCAACAGUACCAAACAAUGUUACAGCUUAUGCUAAAUUCACUAGUUUAAAUGGUGAUACACUGAAAGAAAAUAUUUUACCUAUGUAUUCUACUGAUUAUACUACUGGCUCAGUGACAUCAUUUGUGAUCGUUUUCUCUGUGCUAUUCUCUGGUGUAACAGGAAUAAUGAAUGGUGCAAAUGUCUCCGGUGAGUUGAAGAAUCCUUCUCGAUCAAUUCCUUUGGGUACACUGUCGGCGCUUUUGUGUACAGCAUUAAUUUAUCUUAUUAUGAUCAUUUUCUUAGCCGCUUCAAACAGUAGAUAUCUGUUGCUGAACAACAAUAUGUUUAUGCAGUCGAUUAGCUUUUGGCAACCGAUUGUUGUCAUUGGUGUCUUUGCAACUACACUAUCAGCUGCUCUGGGUAAUUUGAUAGGAGCCUCACGAAUUAUUGAAGCGUUGGCUCGUGAUGAAUUAUUCGGUCCCGUACUUCGUCCAGCGAAAUGGACUACAAAACGAGGAAAUCCCAUAGUUGCUGUCCUUACUGCUUGUUUUCUUUGUUUACUAAUCUUGCUUAUUGGUAGAUUGAACGCUAUUGCACCACUUGUCUCUGUCCUAUUUCUACUGGCGUAUGCUGCUGUCAAUUUAGCUUGUGCUGGUCUAGAUGCUGCUUCUGCGCCUAAUUUCAGACCCACGUUUCGCUAUUUUAAUUGGAUUACUUCAAUCAUUGGAAUGAUUGGCUGUGUAAUUAUGUGUCUGUUAAUUCAGCCCGUAUACACUGUCAUUGCAAUUAUUGUUUUGGGCCUGUUGGUGUUUUCUCUGUAUCAACGGCACUUAGAAUCUUCAUGGGGUAAUAUUGGACAAGCGUUGUUGUUUCAUCAGAUCCGUAAGUAUUUAUUAUUGUUGGAUUCACGUAAGGACCAUGUAAAAUAUUGGAGGCUUCAACUACUAUUAUUGGUGGCAAAUCCACGUUCAUCAGCUUCUCUUGUCCAAUUUAUGAAUGGUUUAAAAAAAGGCGGUCUAUAUGUGGUUGGUCAUGCAAUAUAUGGAAAUCCAGAUGAGUUUGCAGACCAAACAGAUCCAUGUUUAAAUCAGCGAUGGUAUUGGACACAAUAUGUGAAGUAUUUGAAAACUAAAGCAUUCGUCGAGAUAACCAUUGAUAGAAAUAUACGCAGAGCUAUAUCUCAUCUGAUUCGAAUAUCCGGUCUGGGUGCAAUGCGUCCAAAUACAGUGUGCUUAGGAUUUUAUGAUGAUAAACCGUCAAUCGAUGUUUUGGCGCAAAUUUGGAAAGAACGCAAAACAAAAGCGUACAAUUCCUGGCCAAAUCAUAUUCACUCGUCUGAUUCUACUGACUUGAUUGUUGAAAGUAGUAAUUCUCAAACCAAUCAUGGCUCUUUAAUUAGCAGCAAUGAACUAUUGGCUAAUUUUGGUUCACUUCAACACCACGAUUCAACUGCUUCAUUUGUCAGUCAAAAUGUUACAGAAGGUCAACCACCAUCAGCAGAUGAUCGUAUGCAUCGUCUUACAUCACAAGAAUAUGUCAGCAUUAUUCGAGAGAUUCUUAACAUGGAGACUAAUGUUGUACUUGCUAGAAACUUUGACAAAGUGAUUUUCGACGGAGGUAUGUCUGGUUGGGAUGUAGCACGCCGUUAUUUCCAUAAUUUAUGCCAUCCAAAUAAUCGGUCAUAUCGAUUCGAUUCUGGUUACAAUGGAGAUAAUAAUGGGGAUACAAUGAUGACUGUUUCCAGUUCUAUGCCACAAAUUAAUCCGCAUAAAAUAAAUAGUUCAAAGACUAUAUAUUUUGAUAUAUGGCCAGUGAAUCUGUUAGAGUACAACUUGGAACAAACCACCAAUUCAAUGCUAACAGAAGAAAUGGUGUAUGAACAAACACUUGAUCGUACUGGUCUUUUCCUUCUACAACUUGCUUGUCUAGUAGCCAGAUCACCAUACUGGCGUAAACGUCGUCAUCCACCGAAAUUACGUGCAUUCUUUCCAUAUUUCUCUUCAAUGGGUCGAGUUAACGCUAUUAAUGGAGAUGUGAUUACAUCGUCGGAUAGAGCUCAUUCUCGAUUGUCUACUUUGCUGAAAAAUUUACGAAUUCCUGCGGAAAUACAUUUAGUCGACAUGGAUAGUACAUUGGUGGGACGAACUUCGUCAAACAACAACAACAGUAAUAAUAAUAAUAAUAGUAAUCAUAAUAAUAAUAAUGGUAAUAGAAGAAUUAUCUAUCUGAACCAGUUGAUUUUAUCCUAUUGUCAUCCAGAUACUACUGCAGUAUUUCUCUAUCUACCAAAACCCAGUUCAGAUCUAUCCUUGGCUGAUGUCUAUUUAAGUCAAUUGAAUAUUUUAACUGAUGCCCUGCCACCGACUCUGUUAGCACACGGUUUGCAUGAGGUAACAUCAAGUGAAUUGUAA